CUUAGUGUUUUGGCUUCUGCUUGGACGCACAAACCGCUAGGAACCAAAACCGAAAGCAAAAACGCUUCAGUGAAAGCAAUUGCUUUUCCCCUAAGGAGGUCACAUGAGAUUCGUAACGCCCAGUAAGGGAUUCGCACCCAAUCCACCCUUGCUCACUCACGCCACAGACAUCCCCAGCAAUGCAUCCCUGUAGCCACGUGGGGCAUGAUAAAACGGUGAGCUGGCCACGCUGGCAGCGACAGAAAGAACUCUAUUAUCAUGGCAGGGGAGGAAGAUAAAAGGGGGAAUCCGGUUUCUGGAAGUGUUACCCUUUUAUUACGUGCACGUGGAAAUAGCUCCAGUGUAUGUGGACGGUGGUCUGUGUCAUGCAUGCUCCCAUGCUAGAAAGAUUUCCCCUGAAAGCACGAGUCCUGUUGAUUUUGCCAGAGUUAAUGGUCUGGUCAGCAGAUUGAGGGUUACAAGUUGGUUUUAACUUUAGUUUGUGAUGUGGCAACAUGGGGGUGGCAGACAGGGGCGGAUUAACCUCUUUGCCGCUGCAGGGUGUGCGAGGGGAAAUCCUCCCUUUUGUCUAUAAAAAUUGCCGUACUUUUCAUAGACAAAGAGGGGAGAUUUCCCUUCACUCCCCCACUCCCCACAGCCACUGUAGCCCCUAGAGGAGCUCGGAAAAAUUUGAGUGGCAACUUGCCUCUUCUCAAAUUUUGCCGCCAUAGGCAGGCGCCUCCUCUGCCUCUGCCUUAAUCCACCUAUGGUGGCAGAUGGGCGGGGGGCAAAGCUGAUUUUGGGUGGGGGGAUCUCAGUGUCCCACACACACACACGGCAUAGAGCUGCCCAGAAAUGAGAAAAACUGGGGCAGAAAGACCCCCUACUCGAAGGGAAGACCCGGGAGAGGGGAAGCUAAAGGUCCUCCAUCCCACCUCUCCCUGGGACUCUGCUUCCAAAAGUGGGGCAAUGGCCCAAUCAGGUGGCCGAACCCAGGAGGGGCUGUUGCCACUAGGCCUCGUUGCCCACGGCGACUGGGCUGUCACAAUUCUGCUGGGCCACUCCCAGGGCUCCCCCCAGCUGCUUCUGCCCAAGACUCCAGGGCAGCCGUUUGGGCCAGCGCUAUGUCCGAUUUCUUUUUCUGGUUCUGUGACAAGGGCUACUGCCAGAGGGCUGCCCACCAGCCCAAGACGCCGUGGGCUCAGGAGGGGGGCCCAGCCAAGGCCAUGGCGGCCGCCCCCCUCAGGCCUCCACCCUGCGAGGCUCUGGCCACGCUGGCUCUCCCGCCGGGCCCCGGUGCAAACGCCAGGCCGGCCCGGGGCCCCCGAGGCGCUUCCGGGCAGAGUCUGAAGGAUUUCCCGCUGGUGGGAGAGCCGGACGCUUCCCCGAGGGGCCUCAACACCCUGCCGAAGGCCGCCAGCUGUGGGGAGGAGGCCCAGAGGGGGCAGCGGAUGCUUCUGGGAGAUGCCUCGGUCAGUGGGAAGAACAGCCGCCCGUGGGGCACCGUCCCCAGGGGCUUUGGGGGCUGUGCCCCCUGUUGCCCUCACGAGAAGCCCCCGGCAAGAACACCCAAGACUCUGGGAGGGGAGCUCGGGGGCCCCGUCCAGGCGUCCCAUGUCAAAGCCCGGACACACGCCCCCAGUGUGCCCAGCCGGGGGGCCCCAAGUGCGAUGAAGCUGGCCUAUGCAACCACGAGAAGAACCAAGAAGCAGCCGCGCCCGGCUUUCCUUUUCAAAGAUCCUGCCUCAGCGGUCGCGUAUGGGACCAUGGACGUCAAAAAGAAGACCAACCAUAGAUUCUCUGAGCCUAACCUUCCAAAUCUGGCUGAUCUGGAGCCCGGGGACUUAAUUGAGAUCUUCCGCUUUGGAUACCAGCACUGGGCCAUCUAUGUGGGCAACGGCUACAUCAUCCAUCUGGCCCCACCAACUGAAUUCGCCGGGGCGGGCUGUGCCAGCCUCAUGUCCACCCUGACCGACAAGGCGCUGGUGAAGAAGGAGCUUCUUGUCGCUGUCGUCGGGAAGAACCGCUACCGGGUCAACAACAAGCACGAUACGAAAUUGCCCCCCCUGCCGACCACCAAGAUUAUCCGGCGGGCCGAGGAGAUGGUGGGCCGAGAGCUGCAGUACAAAGUCACCAGCGAGAACUGCGAACACUUCGUCAACGAACUGCGCUACGGUGUGGCCAAAAGCGACCAGGUCCGAGAUGCCCUGGUGGGAGUUGGCAUUGCAGGGUUGGGCUUAGCCGCUCUGGGGAUCAUCAGUGCUGCUGUGGUGAAGAAGAAGAAGCAACAGAACCAAUAACAGAGACUCUGAGACUCCUGUGUCCUCAUGGGUUUUCCUUUUUUUUGACUUUUUAAUAUUCUCUGACAGAUGACGUCUAAGAAACUACCUUGCGACGCUUUGGGGCCACGAUCCCAGAGACCCUCCAGCUUCUUAGCUGCUGACUGGUUCUUCAAGAGGCAAGCCAGAAGGCCUCCAGUUGAGAAGGCCAUGUGAGAGCACAAGGCGGACAGGCAGCUUCUGUUUCGCAGCAGAGAGGCUGUAUUCUCACCACACACAGCAGACCUCUCCUAAUAACUUGCCUCUUUAUGACCAGCAACUCACUGCAAAGGGCCAGUGCAUAGGACUCAGGCUGGUUGAAAGCACAGCUGAUUUGUCACUAGUUUCUAGUUCCACCUGGGUCUAGGACAGUCCAGGCCCCCAAGGAGAUUUUUAUGGGCACAGCGACUCACACAGGCUCCCGCUGCUAGAACCAAAACGCUUCCCAGAUUUAUUUCCCACAUGGUCUUCUCAGUCUGAGGUUUCCUGGAGGGAGGUGGCCCUCUAUGGACUCUGUUGGGUGUUGGACAAAAGCAGUGGUGUCUCAGAGCUCUGGCCAAGCGGGGCGGAUACUGGGGGGCUCACAGGCCAGCCGGUGGGUCCUUGGCUAGUUGUGGGCUCUCUGCUGGUGCCUGACCCUGUGGGUCCCUGAUGCCUCCCUGGGGCUAAGGCUGAGAUACUGUGGCUUGUGUUAGGCCAGCUUGUAAAUUCAGGACUUCUGGGUUCCUAACUUGGUCUUCUAGCUAAAGUGUCAUUGUUGUUAUAUACUAGCACACUGACCAUAUACUUUUAAAAUCAAAAUACAAGAAACCCACAUACCUUAUUUUUCCAGAGUCAAAAAUACAGACAAUAGUUAGAUGUCUGUUACACAAAUGCAAACAAGUUUUAAGCUUUUUAUAUUCUCGCGCCAUCUUUUAAAAGAAAAUUUUCACAAGGCAUCUAGUGAAUUAAAAAGCAUAAAUAGAAUUAAAAAUUGAGUGCAAAACGCACCCCUUUGGGGUGAUUUUUUGGGUGAUGUCCCUUCAGGUUGUUGAAUUUUCCUUUCUGAAAUGUCUGUUUCGUUCUGCUGUUGACAGUCUCUGGACUGAAGCAGUAGUUGGCUGAGAAGCGGGUUCCAGUCCAGUCUUGUGCAUCAAACUUCCUGUUUGUAGAAAAAUGGAGGUUUGUUUCCACAGGAGGGCAUUUCAGGGGCUGCUGACUCAGCAAUCCUGAUGGAAUUCGGAGGCCUUCCAGCCGCCCCUUUGCUGACUCUGCGCAUCCGUGGACCGUUCGUAUCCACUGGAAGUGCUGCCAGAAAACCAGAAGCAUCAGUGAGUUAAGCAGGUGGUUAGGCUUAGGUUAGGGUAUGCAUGUAUUUAUUUAUUCAGUUUGUAUGCCUCCUCUUUAAAGAAAUCCGAAGAUGGUCUUCAAAAGCUAAAAUACAGUAAAACUCCAUAAAGGAAGCUGUCAUUCUUAGCAUCGAUGUCUGCAAAAUAUGUGUUUACUCCAUGGCAUUCUGGUUAAUUUCUAUGAUACAGAAGGAAAGAGAUUCAUUUUGGAGUGGCGGGGAAUGGGAUGGGGUGAUUUUGAUGCCGAGAAGUGACGCAGGGGUGUGUGUGUAGAGAGAGAAAUAUUGUUAAAGUGAGAGGUCAGGUCCCUGCCCUGAGGGGCUUACAGUCUAGAAAAAGAGACAAAAGGGAAGCAACAGAGGAAGGGGAUGUGCUAUGGCAGUUGCCAACUGCUCAAAAUGAGUGUGGUGUAUGUUUGAUAUUUUUCAACAUAACUCAGAGGAAAGAAAAUAAAUAAUCCAGUUUUCAACAUCAAUAAGGAACAGCGUAGUGUUUGAAGGAAGGCUUUUUCAACUACAAAGAGACCCAAUGAAAGGAACCAGGGCUGUGUGUAACUUGUACUAAAAUUAAAAUUUAAACCCUGUGCCCAGUUAUCCCCCGUUUUGUGCUUAGAAAAAGUGAUUUCUUCAACUUGUAUUCCAUAUUGUGCCUACUGGCAGAAUUGUUCUCGCUUUGCAGUUUUUAAAAACAGUUCUGCAGACUGUGGUCUGGUUUUGCUGGCUGCGCAGAGGGGCAGGGAACACACGCAAGGCAUUUAAUGCUCGCUUCCAGCCUCCUCUGUGGAUUGUAAUGAGUCACUUCUCUGGUUCCUGAGACUGCAGCAAGACAGUGGCCACUCAAGGAUAUCUUCACUGCCACAAGGGCUAGAAGUUUGAAAAAAUAAAUGAAAGAGAGCCACGCGUCUCAGGAAACUGCACUCCAUCCCACCGUCUGUGGGGUGCAGCAUAUGAACAGCCCUGACAAUAUCCUUGCACCAAAUGGACUUCAGAUUGUGUCUGGUGUGCCUUGAGGACAGUUGUCCACUUGAAUUUUCCUCCUCUGCCACUGACCUGCUUCAAUACUUUCGUGGAAGUCCUUUCCCCAUGAUGUACCUCUUGAAUUCCCUCUCAGCUUUGCAUUUCCGAAGUCUCCAUGAUUUUAUACUACACAGCACAAAGGCCUACAUCUUGCAGGUCCAGUCUGUUUGAUUGCCCGAAGAAAAAUGCUGUUUUAAUACAGAACAACAAUUCUUUAAAAAUGCAUUCUGCAGUGUUAACAGGAUAAUAAAGUCUUCUUCUUUCUAUACACCCUCUAAAAGCACAUCCUCAAAUGUAACAAUGCUUUUUACCAGUUCUGGUUUCAAGAAACAUUUCAUGUUAUAUUUAUCAUUAAUAAAAUGAUUUGGCUGAUUGGA